GCAAGUGCUAAGGAACGAUGAGGUGGUUCAUUGUGCUCUGUGUUGUCAGUGUUUUGGGACAAAAUAUCACCGAGAAAGAUGAACCACCAGAAUCGAUUUUCGAUUAUCAUUCAAUGCCAGCGCUAUCAGAGUUGGAUGACUUCGAUCUUUGUCUAAAGAAGCCUGACGCCGUCUACUGCAUAGUAGACCUGGAACUUCUGGAAGAUGAUACACCAUUGUAUCAGUUUAUAAAGAACUUCUCCUCGCUGACCUACAAGAACUAUCAACACUCAAAGUUGCAUCGAGGAGUGUGUGGCUCCCAGCAUUGUGGUCUGAACACCACUCAUGCUGACGCUGGCGAGUCUACAUCAGAAGCUUUGAGGAAUUGCCUGAAUUCAAGUAUACAUCAAGGGUAUGGAUUGCAGGUGGAUAAUCUAUCAGUCCGGUACUGUAAGACCCAGGAUGAUUACAUACCACCAGAUGUUCUGGAUUACGUUGUUGGAGUUUUACUGCUGGCUCUUCUGCUGGUCAACCUGGGCUGUUCUGCUUACUACUUCUUAUGGCCCGUGGAGAAGGAAAAAGCUAACAAAUUCAUGCUGGCUUUCUGUGUCCAAACGAACUGGAAAACUUUGAAACAUGGAGGUAGCGCCGAGGGUGGAAUCUUCAAGUGUUUCCAAGCGUUGAGAUUCUAUACAAUGGUGAUGAUCCUAGGUCUUCACUCGAUGAUCUUCAUCGGCUAUGGAUACACCGCUAACCCGGAGUUUAUUGAGAAUUCUUAUGACGACUUCUUCAAGGCUCUCCUCUUCAACGCUCGAGUGAUAGUCCAGAUUUUCUUCGUGAUGGGAGGCUUCCUCAUGGCUUACAAGAUGUUGGUGUAUGCUGAGUCUCAUCCGUUUACAUUGAAGACAGUUCCAAUGGCACUCGUGAAUCGAUGGUUAAGGUUAAUGCCAGCAGUACUAGUAGUGAUGGGUCUAGCGAUGACGUGGGUGCCCCACAUGGGGUCAGGACCUAUGUGGGACGCUGUGGUGAAGAGGGAACGAGACAUGUGCCGCAUGAACUGGUGGCAGCUCGUCAUCUUGAGCCCUAAUCUCUUCCCGUUUGAGCACCUUUGUUUGCCUCAAGCUUGGUACCUAGGUACUGACACUCAGCUCUUCCUGGUAACUCUAGUGGUCCUCCUAAUCAUCUGGAGGUGGCCCAGGAGUGGAGUACCAGUUCUGUCCGCAGUCAUGGUCAUCAGCUUACUGAUACCAUUCCUGCAGAGUUAUUUCAUGAACCUACUGCCGAUCAGAGUCAGCAUCUUUCCUGAAUCGAUAAGGGAUAUAUUUGGAUACAACGAUACAUUCUACCAUGCUUAUGUGUCAGCGCAAGGAAAUUGGGCUGGUUAUCAUCUUGGAGUCUUGACUGCCUACUUCUACCACAAGGCACAGCAGAAGAAAUGGGAUCUAAGAGGGUCAAUGCUCAUGAAACUCCUCUUCCUGGCUUCAAUUCCGAUCGCUGGUGGAACUGUCCUGAUGGGUUGGGAUCUCCACCAUCGUGAAGCGUCAGCGUUUGAGGCAGCUAUAUUCAACGCUCUAAACCAGAACUUCUUCGCUCUAGCCAUCUGCGUCUUCAUUAUUGGAUAUUUUUACAAGUUGAACAGAAUCUACGUAGGAUCCGUGGAAUGGGGCCCUCUCCAGCCACUAGGCAGAAUGUCUUACUGCGCCAUGUUACUUCACGCAACGGUGUUGAGGACCUAUGGAGGUCAGAUGAGGAGGUCUUUCUACGCUACUGAUUACACUGCUAUAAUGUUAUAUGCUGGUAUAGUAACAACUACGUAUCUCUUGGCUCUUCCACUCCAUCUCUUCGUGGAAGCCCCAGCCUGUCAGCUCCAAAAACUCCUUUUAGGCCCGAAAAGGAAACCAGAUAGAGAAAGGAAAGAGAAAGAAGAUUCCAACGCCAAUCACGUUAAACCUGGAAUUUCAAACGUAUCUGUCAACACUGUAUCUACACAUAUUUAAAUACUAGAA